AUGGAGACGUCGUGCUGCUGUGUCGAGAGCUGUUCCAACGUCAUCGACGUCUCGACUCCAGACACGCUCCGUCGCGACUUCCACAAUUGGCUGCACGUACGUGAGUUUUUGUAGAACUUCUCUCUAGAAUGAGCUUCGGAUUAUUUUUGGUAAAUAUAAAAAUGAAAAAAUUUUCUGGAGCAGAUAACUGGGUUCUGAGCUUCUGAUUAGGAUUUUUUCACAAGGAAUACUACUAGUAACAUCAUAAUUUUCCGUGAGUAUCUUAAAUUAAAUUUAUGACGUCAUUUGUGCGCAACUUUACAACAACAUCUAUGAAGAAAAAUGACAUCACAUUUUCGCUGACUUUAUGAAUGACGUCACAUUUCAAAACAAAAAAAAAUAUUUUGAAAGUGUAGAUUCAUUCUGAAACGUGAGUUUUAAACCUGUCGAAAAAAAAAAUUCAAAUAACCUGUUCAAAACUUUCCGCCUUUCGACGCUUGAACAACCUGUUUCACUUACAACUUUAAUAAAAAUUUUAAAAAAACUCAGCCAUCUUAAAUUGUAGAGCACAUCAUGUGCCUUAUACAUGAAAAUCGAGAAAACGAACCAAAAAUUGAAUCAAAAUUUCUAAUGAAGCGCGCUUAGACUAAUUUUUCAAACACAUAAAAAAAUGGUUUCUUUGAGUUUCUUCGUCAGUCAUAUCUAUUAAGUGGAAACCUUCGAGCUCUUUUUUUCAUAAAUGGAUCAUGAAUUUGCCUAGUUUUUCCAUCCCUGAUCUCUCUACACAUUGAAAAAAAAAAUGGAAGAUGAAAAAAUUUGACAUCAACGAGAUACUCUCCUAGUGAUCAUGUAAUUUUUCAAGCAAAUUAACAUUCUCAUUUUCUUCAAUUUCCCCUAAUUUUCUCCUCUUUUAUCUUCCGAGUUAAAUAUUUUAUUCUUCUAUUUUCCAAUGGACGUAUAUAGAUAGUUUCUGCAUGCCGAAUUCUUAUCUUUGACCUUUUUUCCGUUCUCUAUCACUAUUUCCAUCUAUUUAUACGCCGAAGAUCGGCUUCUCAAGACAUUUUCGGGGGUUGGCAGAAGGAGCUUGGCAGCGGGGCGGACGAGGAGAAAAAAAAAGCUGCGUUGUUCGUUGUUGGCAGCCGACGCUGUUGCGAAGCAAAGAAGAAGAAGAAGAAGAAGGAAGUGUUGGCUGAAGGGGAAGGGACGCCUCGUCCGCUAUCCAGUUCGGCAUGCUCGUGUCGCCGACGGCGUCGUCCUCGUCGUCGUUGGCAGGCGUCGACUUUGCCCUACGGCAUUUCCCUCAAAGUAUUCACUAUCAUGUCGGUUAUCCGGUCAGUUUCUGAUAUUUCAUGCUCUUUUAUUCGAAACUACUUGUUUCUCGCCAUUUCGUUUGACGUGACUUACAGUAUUGGCCAUAAAGAUAUGCCUAUUUGGUUUUUUGGCUAUAACUUCGCUUAAAAAGAUCAGAGUUUGCUGAAAUUUCGAUAUUUUGAGCAUGACAACGUUUCACAUAAAUAAAAAUAACAUUUUGUGAUGCUCGAAACGAAUUUAAAAUUUUAUCUCCCAAAAACCAAAAAUGGCCAAAUUCUGAUUUUACAUUUUUUUUUUUUCAAAUUAAUUUACAAUAAAGCACUCUUUUUACAAAUCUUUAAGCAGCCUAUCUUUAUUGAAAAUAAUCUACAGCUGGUAAACUAGUGUUUUACCUCACUAUCUUUCUCUUUUCAGAGUCUAACCCUUUGUACUUCUGUUAAGUGUUUGAAGAAGCUUUCAACUAUUCAAAUCUGACUUUUUCGUCUUUUGCGCACUGUUUGGAUUAUUUUGAUACAUGGGAAGAUGAUUGAAGAAGUUACUCGAGAAACUGCUCCUACCUGUUAUCCUUGAAGUGAAAUCUCACCUCGCUGUUUCUUUCUACAAACUCUCGAAAGCUUCAAAGUCUUUCUAACAGCUCAAUGUCUAUUGAUAAUGUUUGUCAGAUUUCAAUCCUUUCUUCAUUUUUGAAAACAUUUCAAAGCUUCUCUGGGAUUUUGUAAAAGUUGGAAUUUUUCUGCUUCUUUUUGCUUGAUGAGAAGUUCAUUUUAAGACCUACUGGGAAUGUAUUCAAUUAUUCAAAAGAAUGUCACUCGAAUGUUCAAAAUGACGAAGGUUAAAGAAAAAAAAAAGUAGAUAGUUUUUCAGGACGCUUGAGUCGCUAAAUAGUUUUACUUGUGGUUUUUUCAGGGCAUCGAUGCGUCAUCGUCCACGUCUCCGUCGUUUUCUCCAGAAGCAGAUCGAAGAUCCCAGAAAAGUGAAUCUUCGGAUGAAAGUCAGUCGUCGAGGACGUCAACCGCCAUGACCGAUGGCCGGAAAAGUCGACGGAAAGGUGAAAAAUAUAGGAAGUUUGAGGGAAAAGUUAAAUUUUGGAUAAUUAGAUUUAAGAGCGUCAUAACCAUUUUCCAUUGAUUGAUUUGAAAAGAUUUUUAAUCCUAAUUAGCUGUACCAAUUUGAAGUUCAAGAACCUCCAGAGAUGAAAUUUCUGUGUGAUUUGAGAUGGAGAACAUUUUUCCUGUUUUUUUUUCCUCAAAAAGUGCAAAAUUGUUAAAACACAGUUGUUUUCGCGAAAGUACCGUGAACCGGUUCGCUAUGGCGCGCGAAUCCACGAAAGAAAAAAGCCUUUUCCCUUUUUUUACGUCCUCUUAAUUGAUAAGACUUUUCGUGCGAACAGUUGGCUUCCUUUUUUUGAUAGCUUACUCUCAAACACGCUCUGAAACGCCCUGUUUUUUUGGGGUUUUUUUUAUUAAUAAAAUCGAUUUUUUUCGAUGAGAAUCUUAAAGAAAUUUUUCUUCAGAUGGUUUAUUCAAGUUAUUAAGAUAUGAAAUAUUAAAAGAGGCCCACUUUAGGGACAAAUCUUUACGGAAGACCUUAUUGUCCCGGUCGACCACUUUCCAUGGAAGAAAGGACCAGAAUCAUCGAACUACAUACUAGUGGAAUGAAGGUAUUCAAAGUGUACAGAAGAGAAUUUUGAGAUCAAAGAUCCAAACUUUUUCUCAUACGACCUGUUCUCAUCUUGAAUUAUUAUCCUCUUCGCAAAAGUGUUCUUAAAUAACUUUGUAAAUUAUAAUUCGAUCGAGGGUUUUGAUUUCAUUUUUUAAUUUCAAAAAAGCAACCGUUUUUGAAAAUCUAUCAGAACACGCUUUGAAACUACUGAAUGGAAUGAAAACAGUUUAAGUAUUACUUCUGAUGGGUUGAAAGUUUUUUAAUUCAUGUUCCAGUUGCAGUUCGCAUGCAGAAAGGUAGCAUCGCGUUUGUGGCGCGAAUCAAAAACUUUUUUCGUGUUUAGAAGAAUCCGUUUUUUUUUGUUGCAAGCCUCAUUUUUUAUCCAGAAAUGGCAAGGUUCGUAAUUUGAGGAGUGAUUGAUGGAAAUUAAUUGGAAAAGUGAGUUCUCUUAACAGAAAGAUCGAGCGAUUUUUCGAACAAGUUUUUUAAAACAUUUUCCGACCUUUUCUAAAGAUGCAUUCUGACUUUUUUGCUUGAAAAUGAGAUAUAUUACAAAUUAUUUCAGGUGAAUGCAAUCUCCAAGUCUUUAUGCAUAUCGCACGGGUGCGUCAGUAAAAUAAUAAGCAGGCUAGUUUUGAGCAUUCUUCUCUACAAAAUAAGAGACCGAGUUACUGUAGGUACCGACAAACAGGAAUACUGUCGCCAGCGUCGUCGCCGGAGCAACGACGGACGCGUCGGAAGAAGCCGGAUUCGCCUCCGCCGGCGCCGCCUCAGCCGAUGCUCAUCGACGCGCCUUAUAUGACUUAUAUGGAGGUUUGUAAUCUACCAAGUGAUGAUGUAAAAUACCAAACAUCUCAUAUUUCCUUUCAAUUCGCGAAGAAUUGACUAUAAAAUGGACUAGAAUGAUAGACGCGUGUUCUCGAUGUUUUUCGACUAGUUUCCUGAAGGGAUCACUAAAGUAACCGGUUAAAACAAAUUCGAAUCACUCCUUCAAAGCAGUGUGAAGUAGCUGAGCUUCAUAGCCUCUAGUGACCACUUGCAAAUAUUUACUUGAUGAUUUUUAGGAGUGUGAUGAAUAGACAUCAAGUUAUUUGACUGAAAAGAAAAUAAUUUUAUUAAAGCAGUAUAAUUAUUGGAUAAUAGUUUGAUUUUUUUUUUCUUGAAGCAGUCCUUUCUAUUAUUCUUGCACUUGAAGAUUCAAUAGGAACGAUCGGUAUUAUUCAUAUUAAUUAUAAAAAAACCUAGAGGACCAUUUUGAGCGACUAAAUGGUUUUUUCAGUAGUAUUGUGUAGAGUUCAUUAUAAGUAGCUUUUAAAUCAAUCAAUCAAUCAAUUUUUUCAUUCAAGACAAAAGAAAUGGUUUACCGGGAAACUUUGCUAGAAAAUAAUAAGCUUUAAAAAAGCUUUUUCAAAUUUCAAUUUGCUUGAAGCCCCCUCUUUUUCUGUUGUUUUUCAACUUAUUUCAUUUUUUUUUACCAAGCAUGCUCUAGAAAGUUUUUCAGGAACCUGGCGACUACACUCCCAGAAUGGACUACCAAAUGCACUACCACCAUCCGAUGUACACUUCGCCGCCUCCAGAACCUCUCUCCGCCGCCCAAGAAUUUUCAAUUCUGCUCUAA